GUGUGGUGAACGAGAAACAUCGGAACAGACAAAGGCGGUUACUUACUUCUAUUGCUAAAAUGAGAGCUGCAUCCUAUACCCAAAAGAGCUUGCAAGUUAGCAGCUCGGGCAGUAGAGUUCGUGUGCAAAGUCCCUCGCCUUCAAGAUGCCGUGGAUCUUCUUAUGAUCGCCGCGGACGCUCUGGUUUUCGAGGUACCGCGGUUGAAUUGGGGACCGAAAUUCACCAACACCAUGCUAACGAAAAGGAGGAGAUGCAAGAACUCAAUGUGAAGUUUGCCGGAUACAUUGAGAAAGUACAAGCGCUGGAGCAGAGAAACGCCGCCCUCCACGCCGAGCUAGCUGCCCUCCAAAACCGCUACAAGGGAGGCCCCACUACUAUCGGCGAAGAGUACGAGUUGAAAUUCAAAGAGGUGCGUGAUCUGAUUGAAACUUUGACCAAUGAGAAAGGAGCAGCUGAUAUCGAAAGGGGUUAUCUCGAGGAGGAAGUCGAAGUUUGGCGUUUGAAAUUAGAAGAAGAGCUUGCACUAAAGGAAGAGGCUGAAAUGAUUUUAAGAGAGUUUCGCCAAGAUGUUGACAAUGCCACACUGCAAAAGGCUGAAUUGGAGAAGCGCAUAGAGCAAUUGGUGGCCGAAAUUGAGUUCUUGAAGAAGUUGCACGAUGAGGAGGUUGCUGAUCUAAUGAAACAAAUUGAGGAUUCAAAGAUUACCGCAGAUCUGGAUAGCGAUAGACCCGAUUUGGCGGCUCAUCUGCGCAACAUGAGGGCCGAAAUUGAAUCUGUCGCUGCUAGAAAUGUCCAAGAGGCUGAAAAAUGGUACAAAAGCAAAUUCGACACCCUGAAAGAGCACGCAGGCAAGCAUGAAGACCAAAUUAAAUCAAUGAAAGAAGAGAUUAGCGUUUUCCAAAAUCAAGUGACAGAGCUGCAGAACCAAAUUGACGGGUUGAGGGCUAGAAACGCCGCCCUAGAACAACAACUGGAAGACAUGGAAAUCUCACAUCUGGAUAAAGUGGGUGGGCUUGAGAGCGUCAUCGCCCAAUUAGAGGCUCAGCUGUGUGAAACCAAGCUGGAGAUGACCAAGUACCUCCAAGACUACCAAGAACUACUGCACAUAAAGCUCAAGCUGGACGCGGAGAUCGCCACCUACAGGAAGCUGCUGGAAGGGGAGGAGACGAGACUCGGGAUCGCCAAAGAUGCCUGAGGACGCGACGCAGAGGGGGACGAAGUUGAUAGUGCCUUUUUAGAUAGUUCCUUCUGUAUUGAAAGCAAAAAUAGUUAUACAUAGAUUGGACAUAACAUUAGGACUACUUUCGCUACAUUUUAUUACCUAUUAAUGUUUGGCCAGAGAACAUGUUGUC